CACUGGCAAGUGGCAAGGCUAGAUUCGGCCGCACCUGAUCCCUCCCGCUCAACUCUCAAAUAGAAGGAAAUGGAAACAAACCGACCGUCGUUGGACGAAAAACGAGAAGGAAAGGCAACAGAAAUUUGACGAAAUGCUCUAGAGAGAGGAACGCGAAGUUUCUGUUGUUUGAUUUCUAGAGAGAGGAAGUAAAAGGGAGGAGGGGAUCAUCAACCUUCGGAGACCAACAACGCCGGCGGAGGGAGAGAUGAAGAUCACGGCGCUUUUGGUGUUGAAGUGCGACUCGGAUUCGUCGGAUCCGAUCAUCUUAGCGAACGCCUCCGACGUCACCCAUUUUGGAUACUUCCAGAGGCCCAGCAUCAGGCAAUUCAUCGUCUUCGUCGGCCGGACCGUCGCCAAGCGCACCCCGUCCGGCCAGCGUCAGUCCGUUCAGCACGAAGAGUAUAAGGUCCACGCAUACAACAGGAAUGGACUUUGUGCUGUGGGAUUCAUGGAUGAUCACUAUCCCGUUCGUAGUUCAUUUUCCCUUCUUAACCAGGUAUAUUAACAUUACCAUUUCUGUGGCAGAGGCAGAGUUGGAGACCAAUUAGUUAUCUCAGGUUCUGUGUCUCUUUUAUAGUUCUAGUUGAGAGAUGCGACAUGCUGCCUGGUUUUUAUGGCAAAAUUAGGUCUUCCCUCGGGUGUAAAGUAUUGUGUGGUUAGCAUUCGUGUGGAUCUGUCUCAAGCACCCUUAGAUUUGCUUUGAAAAGAUUAUGAAUUUUAUUAAUUUUGUUGGCUAGGUUUGUCACGCGAUUGUCUCUUUCUAGUUUCUUCUCACCAUCCUACGUAGGAAGGUGGUUGAUGAGUAUCAAAAGAAUUUCGGCGAGUCAUGGAGGACAGCACAGACAGAUAGCACCGAGACUUGGCAAUACUUGAAUGACGCUUUGGUUAGGUUCCAGGAUCCUGCUGAGGCUGACAAGUUGUUGAAAAUUCAGAGGGACUUGGAUGAGACGAAAAUUGUACUACACAAAACAAUCGACAGUGUCCUCGCCCGAGGUGAAAAGCUGGACAGUUUAGUUGAAAAAAGUUCAGAUCUCAGUGCUGCAUCUCAGAUGUUCUACAAGCAGGCCAAGAAAACCAACUCAUGUUGUACCAUACUCUAAACGUGAAACCGCAGGCGGAAGAAAUAUAUAUAUCAGAUUGAAGCCAGUUCGGUGCCCUGUCCAGGUAUGCAGAGUGUAGUUUGAGGCAAAGCAAUGAGCAACCAGGAGCUUCAGAUGAGCCUUAAUACGUUGGGAGUUGGGAUGGUGAAGAAUACUUAAAUAGUUUUGCUUGUUUAUUUGUUUGUUAAAUACAUGUAUUGGAUUUUGUUUUCAUUCCUCUUUAGGGACUGCUCUUGUGGAGCUGUCCUCUCCUUUGAUGAUUGUACUUGGUUCAAAAGGAAGUUGGUUUGGUGCCUAAUAAUAUUUGAUUUAACCAUAAAAGAAAAUAUGGUACAACGAAGAUAUAAUCGUAAUCAUAAUUUACGAAAUGACAUACACUGUGAUAUAUUUUUAGACACC